AUGGCGUCAAAUAAAUCGACGGGGGUAGAAGAUGAGUCCGACAGUGACGUCAUUGGAUCCAUGUCAGACGAAACUUUCUUCCAGUUUAUUUUCAUCAGCCUGGUCCUUGUACCAGCUGUGGUCAGCACCCUCGGCAUCAUCUUUAACAUCAUCAACAUCGUCGUCUUUGUUAAAAUGGGAUUUUCCGAAACUAUAAAUAUCUCGCUUCUGGGACUGGCUGUAGCAGACGUGGGGGUUCUCCUGACGAUGGUUGGGUUCAGCGUCAUCUACAACCCCAUGUUGAUGACGUCAGUGGCCGACAUGGACGUCAUCAAUGCUGUCAACUACGUUGCUCUAGGCUGGCCGCACGUCCUGUUUAGCCGAAUCGUCGCCUGCUUGACCACCUACAUUACGUUCGAAAGAUUUCUGUGUGUCGUCAUGCCUCUAAAGGUCAAGGCUAUCAUCACGCCUACUAAAACACUCACUGUCGUCAUAGGAAUCUACAGCUUUAUAAUCCUCGGGUUUGUCCCUGCCUUCAUUGCUAACCAAAUAGGGCCCAGAUUUAACCCGCAGUUAAACCAAACAACCAUAGGGAUAAUUUUAGCGCCUAACGCUAAUCUUCUAGAAGACAUAAGCCUAACCAUCUCAAUUUUCAUACAAAUCUCUUCCUUUAUCUUAAUCGUUAUCUUCACCACUGGACUAAUCCAAGCAUUUAUUCGAAAUCUUAACUGGCGUAACCAAUCAUCAUCUUCUAAAAAUAAAUCUUCAUCACGAGACAAAGUCUUGAUCAAGAUGGUUCUAUUUAUAUCUGUCGUCUACAUCGCCUGUUCGUUCCCGGAUGUGGCUGGGACGGUCGCCGUGUUGUUCGUCAAGGACUUCAGCGUCAAGGGGAGAGAACGGAACGCUUUCGUGUCGGUUUUUUCUGUUUUCUUCAACAUCAGUUCACUACACUCGACGGCUAGUCUGUUUAUCUAUGUGAGGAUGAGCUCCAAGUUUCAGCAAAAAUUUUUGGCGGUUUUUAAAUUCAGAUAA